GCGGGGUGGGGGCGGCACGAGUCAAGGAGAUUGCGUGGGCAUGAGGUCUUCUGACGUGCUAUCCUAGUUUCACCCCCUGCUGUACCCCAUCUGCAAGGUGUGUGGUCACAUUUUUUAUUUAUUUUUUUGCUGACGACAAACAGGAGACUCCAAGGUCAUCCCAGCAUGCUUCUCUGUGACGUUGCCUACCAGCCCCACUUUUGUGUGUGCGUGCGUGCGUGUGUAAUUCAUCGCAUCGAUACAGCCUCUGCACCAGUCACCGUGCGCGUUACUAUGCCUUUUAGCUCCAAGCACACGAGCAUGCAUGCAGGCAUUAAUCCCCAAGCGUGUGUGUGUAUGUGUGCGUUUGAAUGUGUGUGUGUUCGUGCUCUUGGCACAGCCGUGUGUGUGUAAGUGCGAGCGCACGAGUGAGUGAACCUGCUCAAAGCAAACACGAGCAGCGGCGGCGGCAGCAGCAGCAGCAGCGGCGGCGACGGCUCUCCAGCGUCACGUUCGAUGUACGGGGUGUGCGGUUGUUGCGGGGCUCUCAGGCCUCGCUACAAGAGGCUGGUGGACAACAUCUUCCCGGAAGACCCUGAGGAUGGACUGGUGAAGGCCAACAUGGAGAAGCUGACAUUUUACGCCCUGUCGGCUCCAGAGAAGCUGGACCGUAUCGGAGCGUACCUGUCUGAGCGCUUGUCGAGGGACGUGGCCCGGCACAGAUAUGGUUAUGUGUGCAUCGCGAUGGAAGCGCUGGACCAGCUGUUGAUGGCCUGCCACUGCCAGAGCAUCAACCUGUUUGUGGAGAGCUUCCUCAAGAUGGUCCGCAAGCUGCUGGAGUCCGACAAACCUAGUCUGCAGAUCCUGGGAACCAACUCGUUCGUGAAGUUUGCCAACAUAGAGGAAGACACGCCCUCCUACCACCGCAGUUAUGACUUCUUUGUGUCCCGCUUCAGCGAGAUGUGUCACUCCAGUUACGAGGACCCCGACAUCCGAACCAAGAUCCGGAUGGCGGGCAUCAAAGGUCUUCAGGGCGUGGUGAGGAAGACUGUGAAUGACGAGCUUCAAGCCAACAUCUGGGACCCUCAGCACAUGGACAAGAUCGUCCCAUCUCUGCUGUUCAACCUGCAGAGUAGCGAGCGCACAGAGAGUCGGUCCCCCUCUCCGCUGCAGGCGUCAGACAAGGAGAAAGAGAGCCCGGUGGAGCUGACGGAGCGCUGCUUCAGGGAGCUGCUAGGCCGAGCGGCCUAUGGAAACAUUAAGAAUGCUGUCACUCCUGUGCUCAUGCACCUCGACAAUCACUCUCUAUGGCAGGGAAAGACCUUUGCUGUGCGUUGCUUUAAAAUCAUCAUGUACUCCAUUCAGUCACAGCACUCCCACUUGGUCAUCCAGCAACUUCUCGGUCAUCUGGACGCCAACAGCAAGAAUUCCGCCACCAUCCGAGCUGGGAUAGUUGAGGUUUUGCUGGAGGCGGCCGCCAUCGCAGCCAGCGGCUCAGUCGGUCCCACCGUGCUGGAGGUGUUCAACACUCUGCUGCGACAGCUCCGUCUGAGCGUGGACUACGAACUGACCGGUUCCUACGAUGGCAGCACCAACAUCGGCACCAAGAUCAUCAAAGCUCACGAGGAGAGACAGCUGCAGGAGGCUGUCAUCAGAACCAUCGGUUCCUUUGCCAACACUUUACCAACCUACCAGAGGUCUGAAGUCAUGCUCUUCAUCAUGGGCAAGAUCCCUGUCCCUGGUGUCCACCCGCUACUACCAUCUUCAGGCUCUGGGCCUGAGAGUACGAGGAUGAUUCAGGUUAUGUUACUGAAGUCCUUGGUCCAGGUGACUGCAGGUUUCCAGACCACCAACAUGCUUACAGCGCUCCCGAGCUCCUUCCUGGAGCCUCUGCUCUCGUUCUCCCUAAUCGAAGACCCCGAGGUCCGGCUACUGGUGCUCCAAAUCCUCCUUAGUCUCAUUGACAGGCAUGACAACCGGCCCAAAUUCUCCAACAUAAGCAUUAUCACGGACAUCUCUGUGCUGAAGCUUAAAGUGGACAAGUGCUCCAGACAGGACAACUUGUUUAUGAAAAAGCAUGGCCAGCAGCUUUACCGACACAUUUACCUGGGCUGCAAAGAGCAGAGUAGCGGCAGGCAGCACUACGAGAGUCUCUUCGCUUUGCUCGGUCUUCUCAGCGUAGAGCUUGCCAACGAAGAAGUGGUGGUUGACCUCAUUCGUCUGGCGCUCGCUCUGCAGGACCUGGCUUUGUCCACCGAUGAGGCGCUACCUGUUUAUAACCGCUGUGCAGUCCAUGCGCUCGCUGCCGCCUACCUCAAUCUCAUCUGCCAGCUCACCACUGUCCCAGCCUUCUGCCAGCACAUACAUGAGGUGAUCGAAGUGAGACAAAAAGAAAGUCCUUACCUGUUGCCUGAGGAUGUCUUUAUUGAUGUGCCCAGACUCCCCUCCUCGCUUGACAAGGUAGAAGGCGACGUGCUGUUCCUCCAGUCCAAGAUCACGGAAGUUCUCGGAGGCAGCGGUUACAACACAGAGCGGCUGGCGACCCCCUAUGUCCCUCAGUAUACUGAUGAGGACCGCCUGUCAAAGAGAAAGAGCAUCGGGGAGACGAUCUCACUUCAAGUUGACGUGGAGUCCCGAAACAGUCCAGAGAAAGAGGAGCGGACUCCAGCUGAGGAAAUCACCUUUGAAACGUUGAAAAAUGCAAUCGUGGACAGCGUGGGCAUGGAGGAGCAGGAGAGGGAGCGGCGGAGGCAAGUGGUGGAAAAGUUCCAGAAAGCUCCGUUUGAGGAGAUUGCUGCCCACUGCGGCGCUCGGGUACAACAGAUACAUCUGCUUUCCACAUAUGCUUUGUUUUUCUCCCUCACGCGUUGUUUUUCUUGUUUUGUCCUGCUCAGGCCACGCUGCUGCAGAGCAAACUCAACCAGAUCUUUGAGAUUACAAUCAGGCCGCCGCCGAGUCCGUCUGGGACCUUAUCGUCCGGCUAUGGCCAGAACCAGACUCGCUCGGUGCCCAUCUACGAGAUGAAGUUUCCUGACCUUUGCGUGUAUUGAGACGGCACAGUUACCGAACCUUUCAUCGACCGUUUGGGGAAACUGCAACAGCUGGAGAUGUUUUUUGGUGGAAAAGGUGAAAAAACAUGCACCUGGGGCAAGCCAAAAUCUCAAGAACAAGCCAUUUUUUUCCUCUAGCUCGCCAUGGUAGGAAUAUCUUGGACAAUCUUUUCCGUCUUCUGCACUGAUUUUGUUAAACCUUUUUUUUUUUUUUUUGAGCCAAAAGUGCUGUCCAUCCUCCCACCCGGCCAUUGUUUUACCCUUAUUUAUUAUUCUUAUUACUUUUUAACAGUAGAAUAAUAGGUUUCCCCAAAGUUCAACAAGAGGUCCCCCUUGUCUAAAUGUAUACAUAGAGAGAACUAUAUAAAUCUUUAAGCUCAUGUACAGUCAAGAAGUAUGUGCGUGUAGGUAUGUGUAUAUAUUGUAUAAGAGCUCAAAUUUUAACUGUUGUUAGUGCCCAUCAAGUCUUUAGCUAGUACAAUUUUUUCUUGUCAGCGACGAAUUAAAAUAUGUAACUGCUGCCCUCGUAAAUCCAGAAAAAUCAGAAAUGUUCCUAUUCUGUCUCCGCUCAGGUUUUCUUGGAGUCUAGGUUUGUGGUGUUGCCAUAGCGAUCUGACUCAUGAUGCGCAGGUUGACGCCUCCGUUUUGUGGCGUCUUUCCAACUCUAAGCCAUCGGCAGUAUGUGUAUAAACAAGUCGCAGGUAGUUAAAAGCAAAAAAAACAAACAAAGACAGGCAAUAAAUGAAGCACUCAGUCGGUAGCAGUUCUUGUGUUUGGAUCGUGGUGCUGCAAGACAGGGGAAGGUUUUAGUCUGGCUUGGUCUAUUCCAACAGACUUUCGUCAUAUGGAGCAUGCUGAGGAGGAGACUGACGAGAGUAACCAGCCCAAAACAAACAACUGAAUCAGGCUGUGGUGAAAGCAUGAAAAGCAUCACACAAUUAGAAGGCAAAAAGUUGUAACAGAAUUGAAGCCCUUGCCUGGCCAACAACUGUUGGUAGCAGUUCUUGCAUGUGUUUCGAUCAUACGUAUGUCUCAACCCACAAUUUCCAUUGUUGUGGUGCUGCAAGACGGUGGAAGGUUUUAGUCUGGCCAAGUCAAUCGAGCAUGGGUUUUACCUGCAAAAGAGUAGACUAAAGUGAAUAACCGGCCCAAAACACAUGGUCAAAGUGCUUCGGCGAGCGCCUGAAAAUGCAUCACCAAAGUAGGAAUGCAAAGGUUCCAACUAAAAUGAAGCACUUGCUCAGCCAACAACUGUUACUAGCAGUUAUUGUAUGUGUUUAGAUCGUGCCGCUGCGAGACAGUGGAAGGUUUUAGUAGAUCUUGACGGACUUAAACCCAACAGAGCAUGCAGAAGAGGAGACAAAGAAAACAACACCUGAACCCACAAUCCCAGUUGUUGUUGUGCUACAAGACAGUGGAAGGUUUUAGCCUUGCCAAGUCAGUGUCGCCAGACUUAAACCCUAGAGAGUAUGCGUUUUACCUGCAAAAGAGGAAACUACAGUAAAGUGAGAAACCAUCCCAAAACAAACAACAACUGAAAUAGGCUAGAGUGGAAGCCUCUCAAAAGUGAGAAUGCCAAAGUUUGAACAAAAACGAAACACUCUCUCAGCCAACAACUGUCGGUAGCAGCUGUGUAUGUUUGGAUCUGUGUGUGCGAAUCAACAAUUCCCAUUGUUGUGGUGCUGUGAGAGUUCAUCUAUUAUCUGCCGCUUCCGUGAAUUAAGGCGGUCUGAUCCCGUUUGUGUCCGACUGUCAUGUGUAACACGGUCUGGUCGCCCCUCGUUAAUGGACAUCCUCAUGUUCGUGUGGUUGGUUUCCGCUUCUCUGUUGUCUCUGUUUAUUGUUUGCGGUUCGCAGUCAUGUCUUGUGACCUUUGGUCGUCCAAGUUGUCUAUGAAGCGUCCCAAGGGAUGUGAUUCUCUUCUAAUUUCCCAGACCCGGCGUACUUUUGUCAUUCCCCCCAUGUAGUCAUGGAUAGCUUUGUUUACAACGUAGUGCUCGUGCAGGUCAAAAAUUCAUUCUGUGAACUUUGCACUUUAAAAACUGGAGGACCUAGUGACCAAGGCAGCUUUAUUUUGUUUUUUGGGACGUGAAUGGAAAAAUGCCUUAGCGGUCGGUGUGUCCUGCCUGACGUUGCAUGCUCCUAUAAUGUGUUAGUUCUACAAUAAAAGUUGCCAGUCGACUACAAUCA